UUUGGGACGGUGGGUACAAAACGUCCCAAUAAUUUUUUAUUAGCCGUCCCUAGUAGUGUGUUUUUGGGACGGUGGGCACGAAACAUCCCAAUAAUUUUCUUAGCCGUCUCUAGUAUUAUGUCGUCGGUAAGUUAGCUAUUUUGCUCCCCACAUCAGUGAAACAUAGCCCCACUUUUUAAUCGAAGUAAAGAGACAGAAAAGGAAUGCGUAGUUUCCUCCUCCCAGAUCUGUAACCAAAUCAUCUUCUUCCUCGAAUCCUCUUCUGCUCAUAAGCACACUGAGAAGAAUGUGUUUUUGCAAACCCUAAAUUAAAGAGAAACUGCUUAUGUGAAAUCUUCAAUUUCUUCUCCGUCUCCGCUAACUCGUUCAAAUCCAGCAGGUUUUCAUCGUGCAACUUAGGAAGUCGGCGGCGAAGAUUAAAAAAAAUUGGUCCAAACAAAUAGUUCAACAAGCUUGUGGCUCCAAGCCACAUAUGGGAUAUGCAAAAGAGGAAGAUUAAUCAUUAAUCAAUUAUGAAUAUCCUCCGUUUCGUCUUUGGAAUCUAUGGGAAUGCAACUGCUCUGUUUCUCUUCUUGUCUCCACUAGUGACAUUCCGUAGAAUCAGAAAAACCAAAGGGAAUCGACAAUUCUCUGGUGUUCCUUACAUCAUGACCUUGCUCAAUUUCCUUCUCUCUGGAUGGAUAACUUCUGGGAGAUGGGCAAUACUGGUCCUUGUGGUGGAACCUGCACAGACUCAUUUUGAUAGAGUGUAAAGUAUAGAUGGUGGUUAUUGGUAGCGCAAAUAUGGGAAAUAAGUGCUAAAGUUGCAGUACUGCUACCAAACCGAAACAAUGAAGGACUCGAGGUAUCUUACCAAACUUAUAUCCAACUCGUUUGAUUACUUGGUUAAGUGAUAGUAAAUGUGGCAGCAUACUGGGAGCUCGAUGGAAAUUUUGGUGCCAUGUGCCAACGGUAUGGGCAUUAUCCCAAAUGUUCUAAUUGGGGUGAGUUAGAACUCCUCCAAAGGCAUAACACAAACUAGAAAUGCAAACCCAUAAACUGAGUAUUUAUUCCUCCAUCCCUGUCCCAUUACUAUUUACUGUUAUGCCCUAUUUGGUUUGGUCAUUUUCUCGUAACCAUGAACUGAGUAUGUAAGUUAAGAUGCCAUUUGUUUAGUUAUUUUCAGUAAAAAACGAUUUGAGCCAACCUGAGAUGCUGAUAAUUUGGUUCUAGGAAUUCUUUUAUUCGAAUUUCACUCUACAGUGAGGCACCCUUAUCUAGGUUAGAUACUUCGGUUUCGUUCUCCGUGUACAUCGAUCGAUGAAAUCCUAUACUAACUUUGGUUUGCUGCAGAAUUUCGACGAUGAUAACAGGUCGUUCUGGAGAAGAAGCAAUCAAAUACAUUCCCAAUGUAGAUGGUGCACCAUUUAUGUCCAUGUUAUAUAAAACUUUGGUAGUCUGAGAACAUCACCUUUUGAUUGUUUUUGCAGAGUUAAUUUUUUUUUGUUGUACGAGAUUUGUUGUUGUAAAUGACUGGAUCAUUUUUGUGAACCUGAUUUCAUGAAUGAGAAUGUCUUUUGGCGCAAUGUUAUGUGAAUGAAUGUU